AAUAUUCUGUCACAGGCUAUUAUUUAAGCGUUUUGGCAUUAUUUAAUGAACGCAACGUUCGCUGGCAGCGUUUCAAACGCUUUGUGGCAGUUGGGCUUCAAUUGACUACGCGAGCUACCGUGAAAAUUAUCUAAUGGAGGAUUGUUUAGGAUCUAAUAGUAACCUCCCGAUACGAGUGGGGAGGUAUUUGUUAAAGAAGAAAUUGGAGGACGGCAUUUUUAAAGCAGUGGAUGCACACAGCGGACACGAAGUUGUUUGCAAGGUACUUGAUUAUACGCGCUACCGGGAGGCUCUGUGCACGUACUCUCAACUCCCCGCUCACCCAAACAUCAACCAGGUGCUGGAUGUGAUUCUCGGAGAAGCGCGUUCCUUUGUCUUCUUCCCACGGAGUUUUGGGAACUUGCAUGCGCUUUUACGCACUUGUCGCAGGCUUCACGAGGACACGGCAAGGAUACUCUUCCGCCAGCUGGUGUCCGCGGUGGCGCAUUGUCAUAGUCACGGACUUGCGCUAAGGGACAUCAAGCUAAAAACGUUUGUGUUCAAGAACAAAGAGAGGACUGUGCUGAUGUUGGAGAGUGUGGAGGAUGCAGUCCUCAAGCAGGGAGGAGACUAUCCCCUAUCGACAAACCCUUCCCCCUACACCAGCCCAGAGAUGCUGCAGGCCACGGAGGAAGCUGCUGGGGGAGUGUCUGGAGCUGAUAGUGGGGUGUCUGGACCCGUGUUGACCAGUACCAGGUCUGCAGAUGUCUGGGCUCUGGGGGUGAUGCUCCAUGCCAUGCUAUUAGGGCGCUACCCAGAGAGGACAGGACUUACCGGAGGGGGUGUGGUCUCCCCUCAUGCCCGGUGUAUGAUUCGCUCAGCUUUACAUUCUAACCCUGCCUUCCGUCUCUCCGCCUCCGAGUUACUGACCCACCCCUGGCUCAGCUCUCAGCCACGCCCGCUCCCCAGCGCACACACUCGCAGUCACACACACGACCAGACGGUGCCUACCUGACACAUACAGAUAUACGCACAUACAGCCAGGGUGUACCUACCUGACACACAAUGUCCAGACAUUCACAUACCCAGUCUUCUGUAGUGCUGCUGACUGUAGUUGUCUUGAAACAAUUCAAAUAAAGUGUAUUU